AUGACACAGUUGAGCCUGUCCUCGCUGGGCCUGGGGCCAGUGGCAGCCUCUCCCUGGCUGCUGCUGCUGCUGGUUGGGACCUCCUGGCUCCUGGCUCGAGUCUUGGCCUGGACCUACACCUUCUAUGACAACUGCCUCCGCCUCCGCUGUUUCCUGCAGCCCCCAAUGAAGAACUGGUUCUUGGGUCAUUUGGGCUUGAUUCCCCCUACAGAGGAAGGUUUGAGGGAACUGACUCAGCUGGUGGCCACCUACCCCAAGGGCUUUAAAUCCUGGCUGGGACCCAUCUUCCCCAUCAUCAUUUUGUGCCACCCUGACAUCGUCCGACCUGUCCUGAAUGCCUCAGCUGCCAUUGCACUGAAGGAGGAACUUGCUGCCAGGUUCAUGAAGCCAUGGCUGGGAGAUGGACUCCUGCUGAGUGGUGGUGACAAGUGGAGCCAACACCGUCGAAUGCUGACACCUGCCUUCCAUUUCAAUAUCCUGAAGCCCUAUGUGAAGAUUUUCAACAAGAGCAUAAACAUAAUGCAUGCCAAGUGGCAGCACCUGGCCUCAGAAGGCAGUGCCCGUCUGGACAUGUUUGAGCACAUCAGCCUCAUGACCUUGGACAGUCUGCAGAAAUGCAUCUUCAGCUUCGACAGCAACUGUCAGGAAAAGCCCAGUGAAUAUAUCGCCACCAUUCUGGAGCUCAGUUCCCUUAUAGAAAAAAGGAGCCAGAACCCCCUCUUGUUCCCAAACUUCCUGUAUUAUCUCACUCCCAAUGGGCGGCGCUUCCUCAAGGCCUGCAGGCUGGUGCAUGACUUCACAGAUGCUGUCAUCCAGGAGCGACGCCGCACCCUCCCCAGGCAGGGUAUCGAUGACUUCCUCAAGGCCAAAGCCAAGACCAAGACUUUGGACUUCAUUGAUGUGCUCCUGCUGAGCAAGGAUGAAGAUGGAAAGACAUUGUCAGAUGAGGACAUUAGAUCACAGGCUGACACCUUCAUGUUUGGGGGCCAUGACACCACAGCCAGUGCUCUCUCCUGGGUGCUGUACAACCUUGCAAGACAUCCAGAAUACCAGGAGCGUUGCCGGCAGGAGGUGCAAGAGCUUCUGAGGAACCGUGAGCCUGAAGAGAUUGAAUGGGACGACCUGGCCCAGCUGCCCUUCCUGACCAUGUGCAUUAAGGAGAGUCUGCGGCUGCAUCCUCCAGUUCCAUUUAUCACCCGCCGCUGUACCCAGGACAUUGAGCUCCCAGAUGGCCGGGUCAUCCCCAAAGGUGUCAUCUGCCUCAUCAGUAUUUUAGGAACCCAUCACAACCCAACUGUGUGGUCGGACCCAGAGGUCUAUGACCCCUCCCGCUUUGAUCCAGACAAAGUCAAGGAGAGGUCACCUAUGGCUUUUAUCCCCUUUUCCGCAGGGCCCAGGAACUGCAUCGGGCAGGCCUUCGCCAUGGCCGAGAUGAAGGUGGUCCUGGCGCUCACGCUGCUGCGCUUUCGCGUCUUGCCGGACCACACGGAACCCCGCAGGCUGCCUGAGCUGAUUCUGCGCGCGGAGGGCGGUCUUUGGCUGCACAUAGAGCAGCUGAAGGCGGGCGGGCAGUGACCCGGCGACCCCACCCUCCUAGCUUUGCAGGUUCCUGACAUUAAAACUCUACAGUCGCCUCUGCCUGAACCA